AUGAGUCAAAGGCAAACUGCACAGGAUGUGUCACGUAAGGAUAAGAGAAGGCAUAACAUUGAGUCUAAAGUUGGUAAAAUUUACCAAACUUUUGUGUUAGACAAGGAUUCCUAUUACAAGGAUAGACUCACUGCAUUGCAAACUGAUCUGACAACACUGCACCAGGGCAACAAUAAAUCUUAUCUGAGGACAUUACGCGAUUAUGAAGAGGAAAGGGAUUUGGAAUUGGUAAGAUUACGUCUUUUCGAGGAGUAUAGAGUCUCCCGCUCAGGUGUUGAGUUCCAAGAAGACAUUGAGAAGGCCAAGGUGGAACAUGAAAGGCUGGUGAAAUUGUGUAAGGAGAAACUGUACGAAAACAUUCAACAUAAGAUUAAAAUGCUACAGGAGGAUAGGUUACUUAUGGAUGUUGCCAAUGCCCACUCCUAUGCUAUCGACUAUUACAGGGGUAAAUACCAGAAACAUACAAGAAGCCAUGGUGCGAAUGGAUGGGAAUCAUCGUCAAAUGAGGUCGGUGGUGCUGGUACUGGUAGAGGUGAUUCCGCUAACGAAAGUGCUACUGACACAGGUACAGAAAGAAGAUCCCUAAGAAGAAGAGCAGCCACAAAGGGUGCACCGGCAACGUCAAGGUUGGCAAGCCAUGCUGAGGAGUCAGACUUCCAAACCAAUUAUUCAUCAGCACAAGGUGGGACUAAUAAUCAAAAUGCUGGUGGUGGUGGUCCCAUUUCUGCAUUGAAAAGCCAGGAUGCACGUUCGACGGAUGUCAAUUCUGAUUCAGAAUUCAUGCAAGAUAUAAGCGACCAUGCAGAGCUGUAUGCAUUACUAUUUGGAGAAAAGGAACAAGAUAAUAGAACCAGCGAAAGAAGAAAACAUAGGACAUCACAAAGGUAUACUGCUAAAUCUGCACCUCCAUUACCUUCUUUGAAUCAAGAUGAAGUCUCCGAAGAUAUUGCUAUGAUACGUCAAAUGACAGACCAACCACCGGCACCCUUCAAACCGAAGACAUCAGAAUAA